AAAGCAUGACAUUACCAAUUGUCUUUAAGUCACAAUUUGCUUCCAUAAGAAUAUAGAGGAUGACAAAUCAAAAUUUGAAGCGUAAUAAAAUUCAAAUGUAUUAGCAUGAAAGCAAAGGAAAUGGCAUAUUGACACGCAAUAACAACUUCAUACUAAGUGCAUUUAAAAGUCGACAAAGAUUUCUUAAAACCCAGAAUUCAAUGUUAAAAAAUUCAACCCUUCCUCAUUUGACUGAUAAAGACGAGCAGAUAUGAAUAUGUAAAGACACAGAAAUUCAGAGUAAACUAGUAAAAUCAUAUAUCAUACAGAGAGAGAAUGCGGACGAGACCCAAUUACGUACCUCCCACUCCGAAGGAGAUCAAUGGCGUGAUCCCAAACAGAAGCACGGAUCUCCUUGGACUCCAAAACAUGGAACUUGGAGCACCUUCCAAGAGCCACAGUGUGGUGAUCACGAACCGGAGGGACGAUCAAGGUCUGGUUCACGAUACCCGCAAUGACAAUUGCAUUCUUAAACCCGACAACUGAUUAUUGAAUUGAACCCGCUAUGAGGUGCGUACCAGAGGAACUUUUGGUUGAGGAUCGAGGUCUUGCAUUGUGAGAAUUGGAUGCCAGAUGUUUUGGCAAAGGUUGAAAGGAGGAAACUUGGGUUGUGGGUGUAGGAGAAAAAGAAGAAGAUGAUGAUAAAGAGAAGGAAGAGAGAAAGAAGACAGCGUAAGAGGACGUAGAGCGAAGAUCUGUACUGGAGAUUCUUCCUGUUCCAUGUUAUGGGGGUGAUACUGGUUCUGUUGGGAUCGAAAAUAUGCCUCACUUUGCUUGGUUUCCAUUGUAGAAACAUAGGAAGUUCUCAGAAGUUCUUGAAGUCUGGAGGCUGGACAGAUUAUACAGGCUUGGGUCUCUGUUUCUAUUUUCGGGCCAGCAUAAUUGGAUUAUAAUCU